GGGGGGAGGAGAUGGAGGCCCUGUAGGAUCGCUGGAAGCAUGUUGAGGCUGGGGAAAGAGAUUGGGUGGCCACUGCAUUGAAAUUGCUUCUGGUUUGGUUUUCCGUGCGUGGAGUGGGACGGACUCCCAUGAGCCUUGAGUUGAGCUCUUCAUGGUUCUGGUUUGGUGUGCAUAAUCUUCAUCUUUGGGCUGGAUCCAGAAAGGAGAGAAGGUUUCCUGGGAGUUGAAAGCAAGCAAGCUCUGAUGAGUAAAGGAGAGACCAGGCGAGAGAGCUGCAUGAAGACGGAGCUGUUGAAGGACAUCACCAAUAAUAAGGAAGAAGGAUUUAAUGCUAUGGCCGCCGGCGAUGGCGCCAUAGACAAGCAAGUUGGGGAACUCAAGAUGGCUCCCGACGGCGAGACCAACGGCUCCUUGGAGUGCAACGAAUUCAAGAGCCACCCUGGCGUAGCCAAGAACACUCAGGACAAUGCAAAAUUGAGCCAAGGGGACUCGGUGGCCAAGCUGAGCCGGAUAGCAGAAAAUGGAUUUUCCGAACGAGACGGGGAUUCUGGGAAGCCAAACCACCUCAAAGCAGCGAACGACUUCACCCAGACCACGGUGACAGGCAGCAACGGGUACAUUUUGCCCAAGCAGAUGGCUCAGGACCUGCCCGUCAGGACUUCGAACAGUGGUUUUCCUGCUCUGCCAGGCCACGCCGCAAAGACGCUUCCCGCUGGAGGGAGCAAGGGGAGGACUUUGAGCCCCUUUAUGCAAGCACAGGGCGCUCUCCCAGCUAAGUUUGGAGACGGGGGCGGCAAGGACCCGGAAGCUAAAAAAACAGGCGGGAUCAAGGUGCAUCGAGCCCGGAAGACGAUGCCCAAGUCUCCAUCUCACCUGCACACCAACAAAGACCCCAAAGAAACAAGAACGCCUAAGGAAGACGGCAGCAAAGCCGUUCUGGAAUUCGGAAAGCCCUCCUCGCUCUCCUCCAUCCCCGGCCUUCACUCAUCUCUACCUCAGAAUCAGAGCUACGCGGCCGCCACAAAAUCCCAGACAGCUACUUCAGUAUCCCGAAAGAAGAAACGAAGGAUGGGAACGUACAGCCUGGUUCCCAAGAAGAAGACCAAAGUUUUAAAGCAGAGGACGGUGAUUGAGAUGUUCAACAGCAUCGCUCAUUCCCCAGACAGCAAGGUGGAGAAGGACGACGGCAGCCCACACGUGAAUGGGGAACGAUUAGAGGUUGAUUCCGAAGACGACGAGUCGGAUGAACUGGAGGAAGAAGAUGAACGCGGGGCCGAUCAGACCGCCACUUUUCCCGUGGAGGAGAACAGGACUGCUAACGAGAGAGAGGCGGUGGACCUUAGCAAUACCAGAAAGAUGGUGGACGGAGAGUCGGAGGAGGAACAAGAUUCUGCAGACUCUGUCGAAGAAGAGGAAGACGGCGACGAAUCGGACUUGGCCUCGGUAGAGGUCUGCUCUUGGUUGCCAGGUGCCAAGACCAAGGCGCGGUCCAGACAGGCAUGGCCAGAGCUGGAAGAAGCAGGAGAGAAGCAGGCACCUAGCCCAGACAGACCCUGCCCAGGGCCGAGUACUGCAGGAAGCAAGAGCUCCGAAUCCAGCCUCAAGAAGAAAAUGAUGAAGCGGAAAGGGAAAACGGAGAGCCCUUGGUUGAAACCUACACGGAAACGAAGGCGGAGAAAUAAAAAGAAAAAACCCAACUUGAUAGGCCCCGAGUCUUACAAGCCACCCCCCCAGGGGAGCGAAGAGGGGGCUGGGCAAGAGGACAGCAUGGAGUACCUGGAGGUGCCUUUGCAUUCCUUGGAUCUGCGGGUGAAGGGAGAUCUGCCUUCGCAACCAGAAGGUCUUUCUAAUGGUUCUGGAGCAAUGGAAACAGACAGUCUUCAAGAAGUGCCUCUCUGCAGCUGCCGGAUGGAAACCCCGAAAAGCCGAGAGAUCACCACGCUAGCCAACAACCAGUGCAUGGCCACGGAGAGUGUGGAUAAGGAGCUGAGCCGGUGCACCAACCGCGUGUUGAAAUACGAGCUGAUGCGCGCGUCGAACAAAGUCCAGCUCUUGGUGCUGUGCGAGGACCACCGAGGGAGGAUGGUGAAGCAUCAGUGCUGUCCAGGCUGCGGCUUCUUUUGCGUGGCGGGCACUUUCAUGGAAUGCCAGCCGGAAAGCGGCGUCUCCCACCGGUUCCACCAGGAGUGCACUUCCCACGUCAAAGGCAUGAGCUACUGUCCCCACUGUGGGGAGGAGGCCCCCAAGGCGAAAGAGGUGACGGUGGCCAAGGCGGACACCACUUCCACGCUGCUUCUGCCCUCGGAGAAGGAGAAAGCGGGCGCUUCGGAAGGGAAGGCUGACACCACCACUGGAAGUUUCAGCGGGCCUGCCCCGCAGCAACCCGAAGAAGGGAGAACCGAGAAUGUGUCCACCGAGGUGUUUGAUUUGGCCGGGAUAUCGCUGUUUCCUAAGCCACCUCCGGCCGGUUUAUCCCAAGGGCCUGUCAAAGAAACCUUGGAGAGCGCCUUGAUCGCCCUGGAUUCAGAAAAGCCCAAGAAGUUACGAUUUCACUCCAAGCAGCUGUACUUCUCAGCCAGGCAAGGGGAGCUACAGAAGGUCCUCCUUAUGUUGGUGGACGGGAUCGAUCCCAACUUCAAGAUGGAGCACCAGAGUAAAAGGACGCCUCUUCAUGCAGCCGCCGAAUCGGGACACGUGGAGAUUUGUCACAUGCUACUUCAGGCUGGCGCUAACAUAGACACCUGUUCUCAGGACCAGAGGACUCCGCUUAUGGAAGCAGCAGAGAAUAACCAUCUGGAAACUGUGAAAUACCUCAUUAAGGCUGGAGCAUUGGUAGACCCCAAGGAUGCUGAAGGAUCCACCUGUUUGCACCUGGCAGCAAAGAAGGGUCAUUACGACGUGGUGCAGUACCUCCUGUCUAAUGAACAAACAGAUGUCAACUGCCAAGAUGAUGGAGGCUGGACGCCGAUGAUAUGGGCUACGGAGUACAAGCAUGUGGAUCUGGUGAAGCUUCUCUUGGCCAAAGGCUCCGACAUCAACAUCCGAGAUAACGAGCAGAAUAUCUGUUUACACUGGGCUGCUUUCUCCGGCUGCGUCGAUAUCGCCGAGAUUCUCCUGGCUGCUAAGUGCGACUUGCACGCGGUGAACAUUCACGGGGAUUCUCCGUUGCACAUCGCGGCCCGGGAGAACCGCUACGAAUGUGUUGUACUGUUCCUCUCCCGCGGCUCCGAUGUGGCCCUAAAAAACAAGGAGGGCGAGACUCCGCUGCAGUGUUCGAGCCUCAACUCUCAAGUCUGGGUCACUUUGCAGAUGAACAAGACCCUGAAAGAAUCGGCUCCAGAGAAACCCGCCCAGGUGGAGAAGAUACUAAGCAGAGACAUCGCCCGGGGUUACGAGCGGAUCCCGAUUCCCUGCAUCAAUUCUGUCGAUGGCGAGCCCUGCCCUGUCAACUACAAGUACAUUUCCCAAAACUGUGUGACUUCGCCUAUGAACGUGGACAGGAACAUCACUCAUUUGCAGUACUGCGUGUGCAUAGACGACUGUUCUUCCAGCAAGUGCAUGUGUGGACAGCUGAGUAUGCGCUGCUGGUAUGACCGGGAUGGACGGCUGCUGCCAGAAUUCAACACGGCCGAACCUCCGCUAAUUUUCGAGUGUAACCAUGCCUGUUCCUGUUGGAGAAACUGCCGGAAUCGGGUGGUGCAAAACGGACUCCGGACAAGGUUGCAGCUUUUCCGGACGAGGAAGAUGGGUUGGGGCGUUCGGACAAUGCAAGACAUUCCACUGGGGACCUUUGUCUGCGAAUACGUCGGAGAGCUGAUAUCUGACUCGGAGGCAAACGUUCGUGAGGAAGAUUGCUAUCUUUUCGACCUUGGCAACAAGGACCGGGACGUCUACUGCAUCGAUGCUCGCUUCUACGGCAACGUCAGCCGCUUCAUCAACCACUUCUGCGAGCCCAACCUCAUCGCUGUGCGAGUCUUCAUGUCCCACCAGGAUCUGCGCUUCCCCAGAAUCGCCUUCUUCAGCAGCAGACACAUAGAGGCCGGGGAAGAAAUUGGGUUUGACUACGGCGAGAGAUUCUGGAACAUUAAAGCCAAAUACUUCAGCUGUCUCUGCGACUCGCCCAAAUGCAGGCACUCGAGCGCCAUCCUGGCUCAGCGGCAGGCCAGUGCGGCAGCGGCAGCGGCCACCGCUGCUGCCACCGCCACCACCACCACCACUGCCGCCGCUUCCUCGCAGGAGCCCCCUGAAAACAGACUCCCGGACACCAGUUCGGCCGCCUUGGUGUCCCCCCCUGCUUUGGGAGGCCUACCCUGAAGGGACCGAGCCCCCCUCCCAAGCCAGGCCGUGACUUCGGAAGACGAUGCUUUGCGUCGGUUUCAUUCUGCCCUUUUCCCGGCGAGCCCGCGUCCGCCGUAACAGUUUCCCCUUUUGGGGGUGUGGAUGGUGGCGGCGUGGCAACCUUAACCCGCCUCCUUCUUUCCUUCCUUCCUGCCCUCCCCUCCUUCCCUUCCCUCUCGCGACGUGGCAGGCGGAAGGCAUCCUUGCUGCGGCACACACCGGGGUGGCAGAAGGGCGAUUUUUUUUUCUCUCCCUCUUUCUCUCUCCCUCUUUCUCUCUUUUCCCUCCCCCUCUUUUAAUGUGAUAAGUGUUCUCCAAGCUCCCUCCCCUCCUCGUUGGAAACAAGGAACGUUGAAAUGGCUCGCGAACCCCGUCGGUGAGCGGGGGACAAACUCUGCAGAGAGUCUCGGAGAGUUCCGCCGGCUUUGGCACACAUCCGGGAAAGUUUUUUUUUUCCUUCUUUUGCUUGUUGUUGAAUCUUCCCUCCCACCCACUCAUUUGCUGGCUACCUGGGCUGUGGAACAGGAGCCCAACCAGUGACCGAGUCCGAUAAAUUCUUGGUUCGUCGCUCCCUCCCCAUCCUGACUCACCCCAGGUCAAGGGAAGCGACCCUCUGGAAUUUCUCCGUUAUACCCCAGUCCUCAGCUAGAGCUGCUCCUUACUUUAUCCCUGCAGCGAUGUUAUUAUUAUUCCUUUUUUUAACGUUUAAUUAUUAUUUUUUCCUUCCCCCACUGCCUCUUUUCUCUCGUGUACAGGAAUCCCGUUUUUCACUGACACUAACUCCAAAUCAAAAGAGGAAACUUUGGCAGAGGGAGGUUGUCGGGAGUGGGGUGCAGCAUCCUUAAGGGGGGGAAAAUUUGAUAUUCUUAGAGACCCCUUUUGGGGGCCGGAGGGGGGGAGCGUUUCUUAAAUCGAUUUUGCAAGCUUCAGGAGAUUAUUAUUUUUUUUUUGUGCCAUUCCUGUUUUCCUCUUCGAAAGCUGCCCGUUUCUUACGACCGAAGUUGGAUCCGACCGAGUUUAUUUUGUAAGGGGGAGGGGUGGACAGCGAGAGGACGAGGGUUGGGGUGUUGAACGGAGGAGUCCCCUUCCUUCUCCCCACUCUCCCAACCCCUGGCAUCCUCCUCCUCUUCCUCACCCACCCACCCACCCACCCACCCCCAAGCCACUUCACGGUGCUGAAUUCUCUCUUUUUGCAAUUUUUACUCACUACGUGAAUAUAAAUUUCAGUUGUAUAAUAAAAAGGACAAAAAAAAAAAAAAACCUCCAAAAAAAUUAGAAAAGACAAAAAACAAAGGACAAAACAAUUUUAGUAUGAAACGCAGGGACAGGAAAAAAAAAACACCCGACUCGACUCACCCGGAUUCCCUCCUUUUUUAAAAACACAAAAAAAU